AGGAUCCCUUCUCUGCCAAAAGGUCCGAUUAGUUUUAGUCAUCUAGUCAGAGUGGCGCAUGGCGUAUACAAUACGGAUAUCCCGAGUUGUAGGCGACAUCGUGGUUAUCGCAUGCUGUGCCAUACCACUGCUUCUUUUCGAGUUAUUAGCGAAACCGUACAAGCGAGGAUUUUACUGUGAUGACGAGUCGAUUCGAUAUCCCUUUAGAAAGUCUCAGGUUUCAAGGCAAAUUUGUGCCAUCGUCGGAACGAUAGUAGGAUUGGUUAUAAUAAUUAUCACUGAAAUUUUUCGUGUCCUGGUGUUAGACAGGAAAUACGAGAAUGAAUUUGUGACAUAUAUGUUUAAAGGUCAUGAUGUUCAUCGAAUUGUUGUGCGACUUUAUUGUUUUAUAGGUUAUUUCCUUCUUGGUAUUGUUUUCAACCAAUUGUUGGUUGACAUAGGGAAGUACACCAUCGGACGACAACGGCCACAUUUUAUGGAUGUGUGCCAACCAAGUCGAGGAUAUAAUGAGUGCACCACACCAAACAAGUACAUAACGGAUUUUACUUGUACGGGGACAGACCAAUAUCUGAUAAAUGAGUCUAUGCUUUCGUUCUUUUCUGGCCAUUCUGCCUUCAGCUUUUACGUAGCUUGGUUCUGCUCGCUUUACCUACGAGCAAGAAUAUAUCGACCUGUAUUUUCUAGAAUAUUAGUGCCCGCCAUACAGUUUUUGCUGCUUGGAACAGCCGGCUGGGUUGCUUUAACACGGAUAUCGGACUACAAGCACCACUGGUCAGACGUCCUGGUCGGAGCAUUGCUUGGUAGUGCCGUGGGGAUACUCAUGGCACUUUUUGUGGCGGAAGUGUUCGAUCGUAGGGAAAUUCCUACCUCAUACAGCUCGCUUGACAAGUUAUCGAGUGUGGUCAAGAAUGGUCACAUCAUCAUUCCGUUAUGACACAUGUUGCUUUUUCUCAUGACUGUAUCUAUUGAAUUGUUUUACUUUUUUUUGAAUACCUCAGCUUGUUUUGUUGUUUCCCCGCAGAAUUUCAUGCGAAUAAACGCGU